UUGAUAGACGUUAAUUGCACGAAUAAGUUUCGGUCGAGUAUGGACCGUUUGCCAGAAGCACUCAUUUUAAACAUGUUUAAAAAGCUGCCACCUAAAGAUCUGUACCAGGUACAAAUGGUGUGCAGCCAAUGGAGAAGAAUAGCUUUCUCACCGAUCCUCUGGAAAGUAAUCGAUGCCAAUGCAGAAGUACCAACGAAAGUACUGAAACAAUUGAUCCAAAAUGCGCAUCUUUUGGAGGAACUUAUAUUGCAAGAUAGAAAGGAUGUCGACGAGAUUUUAUGCCUUGUAGCUGAAUAUCCAUCCAACCUCAAGGUGCUGAAAUUAUUCAACUGUUGGGGAACCAACGACUGCCAGAAUAUAGCACAUUCUGGCCUUAUUAAAAUGGUGAAGGUGUGUCCAAUGUUAUGUACAUUUCAUUUUGAUCAAUGUCUGGAAGAAGUGUCACUCGACUUCUUGAGAAUUCUGUCUCGCAAAGAAGGAGCGAGCAUUUAUUUCCGUGAAGUAAGAGUGACAUUUUAAAACUCGCUAUGGACAGUUUAUGUUCAUGAUUUAUACUUAUUGAAAAGACAUAUGAUUACUAAAAAAAUUAUUUUAUUUAUUUUUUAUGAAACAUAAAUGUUUUGGAAUUGUAAUUUAAUAUGUGACAAAUAAAAAUGAAAAAAUGUUUUGUUUA